AUGCUUGUUUGCGCUCUCUUUCGUUUUGUAGGCUGGCGAUCCGAGGGCGAGCGCUGCUUUCUCUGGGCUGGAGAACUUAGAGUGGUAGUCAGUCUAUCCGCCACGACCUCCAGCUUGGGAAUCGCGUCCCUUGGACGCCUUGCUUCAGCUAGAUAUCCCAAAUCCUCUUCAUCGGCUCGUAUAGCAUCGUUGGGGAACUGGCUGGAAUGUAGGAUAAAUCGAAAAUGCGAGGUUCAAACUCCAUUGAUUCUGCUUUCAAACGCUACUAUACGCUCUUUCGCAAUCCAAUCCUAG